AUGAGCAACGAAUAUCCACCCCUGGCUCUCGAUGAUCUUGUUCAUAUCAUCUUCCCCUCACCGGCGCCACCACUCGCAACACUGGAUGACCCUCAACUACCCCUCCGCCCCCAAACCGCAUCUCCGGAGCCCCAAAAUGAUUCUGACAUACAGGAGGUGCGCAUGAGUAUCACGGAUACGCAGGAUGUUAGUGGAGGGGAGAAAGAGCUACCGGAUAGAGUGAUGAAGCACACUGGUGCUGUACAUCCUGACCCAGAGCAAGUCAUCAGACAGGCCGAAAUUAUAUCCUGCCUAAUUGACCAGCGCGAUAUGCUCGUGCGACAGGCUGAGGAGCAGAGAUUGCGGUGGAACUCGGAGAAGGAUGGUUGGGCACGGAUGGCCGAAGCACUUAUUGCACAGCAGGCCAAGCACAGGAUUUCGUCUGAUAAGGAUGAAGUAAGUCAUUUUUCUCUCCCUUUAGCGAUUUUGGUCUAG